ACAACCAAUAAUAAUACUAAGUGAGAAAAAGUAUCAAUUAGAGUUUGCUUCACGUUUGAGUUUCAAAAGUGUAACGACGCCAGGAGAAUUUUAUAGGGUCGCAAGUGUCAGCUUUGGAUAUUUGUCUUCGCUGCAACUUUUGACCUUUUUCGCAUUCAGCGAAUCAGAUCGCUAUAGUACAGUGCACCCUACCGUCUCUGAUCACCUGCGUCUCAAUUACAAUUAGAUCCGACCCGAAACGGAUCCUUCUUUGAAACUUCGUUGUGAGAUUCGCAUUCCUCUGUUCUACCAUUUAACAAUUAUCCUCUUCGUCUUCGCCAACUUCUUGCGCUCUUCAUACUUCUCCAGUUUGUCUGGAAAAAAGAUGGAAGUUUGCGGGGAUCUGAAUUCUGAUAACUUAAAGAACCGCCCCUUGACUCCGCUUAGGAUUCUGAGGGGCUUGAUGAUUCUACUGGUGUUUCUCUCUACUGCUUUUAUGUUCCUGCUGUACUUUGCACCAAUAGCUGCUCUAGGUCUACGGCUUCUGAGUGUGCAUCAAUCUAGAAAAGUUAUAUCGUUAAUCUUUGGUCACUGGUUAGCUUUGUGGCCUUACCUGUUUGAAACGGUUAAUGGGACAACCGUGGUGUUCUCUGGAGACAUCAUUCCGGUUGAGAAACGUGUUUUGCUUAUUGCAAAUCACAGGACAGAGGUGGAUUGGAUGUAUUUGUGGAAUAUUGCCUUGAGAAAACGGUGUCUUGGUUACAUCAAAUACGUGCUCAAGAGCAGCUUGAUGAAAUUACCUAUUUUUGGCUGGGGUUUCCAUGUUUUGGAGUUUAUACCAGUGGAGAGGAAGCGGGAGGUCGACGAGCCUGUUUUGCUUCAAAUGCUUUCAUCGUUUAAGGAUCCUCAAGAACCCUUAUGGCUUGCUCUAUUCCCGGAAGGAACCGAUUUCACUGAAGAGAAAUGCAAGAGAAGCCAAAAGUUUGCAGCUGAAGUUGGUCUUCCAGCACUAUCAAACGUUCUUCUACCAAAAACAAGGGGUUUUGGCGUUUGCUUAGAAGUUCUUCAUAACUCUUUGGAUGCAGUAUAUGAUUUGACUAUCGCAUAUAAACCUCGCUGCCCAUCUUUCAUGGACAAUGUAUUCGGGACGGAUCCUUCAGAAGUUCAUAUCCACGUUCGGCGAGUUCUUCUAAAGGAGAUUCCAGCAAACGAGGCAGAAUCUUCUGCUUGGUUAAUGGAUUCAUUUCAGUUGAAGGACAAACUGCUAUCCGAUUUCAAUGCUCAGGGGCAGUUCCCAAGUCAAAGACCAGAAGAAGAACUCUCUGUUCUGAAGUGCAUCGCAACAUUUGCAGGGGUAAUAUCUUUGACAGUACUAUUCAUUUAUCUAACCUUGUAUUCACAUAGCUGUUUCAAAGUAUAUGCUUGUCUAAGCGGCACAUAUUUAACUUUUGCUACAUAUUACAAGUUCCGACCCUCACCUGGCUGUUUUAGAGAAGAUUCUUGUAAACAAGUUAAAAACCAUUAACUUUGUUGUAAAUACAAUUCUUUCUUUGUAUAGAAAGAAAUAAUAUUACAGGCAGAAAAGAUUUCUGGGAUGCCUUUUUCAUUGUAAGUUCUUUCAUCUACAGUUAGUUUUUAAUCGUAUUCCAUGUUGUUCUCUUGAAACUCA